CAUUUUAUUUUUCACUAUGGGAAGAACAGUAGUUUCACUCCUUUGCGGCGGCUUCACCCGCAAGAAAUCGUCGCCGCCCAGCGCCGUUGAAGAACACCUCAAAGCCGGAAAUUCAGAGGUUGCACUAAUUAUACACGAAGAUGCAUCCAACAAACCCUGGCGAUCCUCCGCCAGUGGAAGGGGGAACAGCCACACUGGGGAAUUAACCGCUAAACCGCCGCCCGACGGUGAUCAGAAACCGCUGCCGCCGCCUCCCGGUAGACAGCAGUACUCAUCAUCAGCACAUCACUUGAGAACCUCGUCCUUCCACUAUCACCACCGGCGGUCGAAUUCCGGCGCCGCCUGGAAGUUUGUGUUCAGCAUGACCGUGAACGUACGGGGGAGAAGCGGCGGCGGGGCGACGACGACGACGUCGCGGAAGUCAUCGCGGCGGGUGGAGAAGAAGUUGAACCACGUCCACGAGGAGUCGAUAUGGAAGAAGACGAUAAUACUAGGUGAGAAAUGUAGGGUUCGGGAGGAGGACGACGACGCCAUUUUGUACGAUGAAAAUGGGAAGAGGAUAUCAGCUUACCGUCCCAAGAAAUUUACGUCCAUCUCCAGGCAGAAUUCGUCUAGUGAUCAGGAGUCCGCAGAAAUUCUAACUCUGAAUAGUGCUCUCGCAUCUGCAAAAAUAACACAAGAACUCGUCAACAGCAACCAGGAGCCCAUCUCUUUGUCUGCACAAUCUCAAACCUUUCAAGGGUAACAGACUUCUUCCCAAUUCUGUUGCAGCCCUAGGCACCGGCUCCAUCAACCAGGCACUGUCUCAAGGUAACGCGACGGCUGCAAUGAUCUGGACAUUUAGAAAAGCCUGGGACUCGAUCUAAACUACGGUUAAGGUACUAUACGUGUUUCGUUAAGUAUACGGAUACGAUGAAGCAUCUCAAAGAAGCUAAGAAAUUUGCUGUGGCUGGUAAUGCCAAGUCUGUCAAGAACCACAUGCUUGUUGCUGUGAACAGACUUGAUUUAUGUGACGAUGAAAUGGUGAAGGCUUGGAGCAGUGAAGCAAGGUCCCUCCUGGAGAGCAAAAGCAAGCUCAAAGAUAUCU